GCUUGCAGGUGGGUAGAUAGGUAAAUAUUUCAGUUUUUCAGUUCAUUUAUUUGUUCUAUCUUCUACAGAUGUCUGAUCCGGAUCACGAUUACAUCCUUGAAGAUUUUUGUGAACUGGAGGCGGCGGAGGCUACCCAGAGCCAAUCGGAAAUACCCAGUGAACAGGAAGGUACUCUGGACCCAGGCCUCUUGAUAGAGGCAAUUCAACAAUUUGAGUACCUGUAUGAUUUGUCCAACAAAUCAUACAAGGACUCCAAGAAAAAAUACCAGGCUUGGCAGCAUAUUAGCAGGGUGCUAAACUCUAGUGUUGAAGAGUGCAUGAAACUUUGGAAGCACCUCAGGGACCGCUUCGUCAAAGAAAAGAAAAAAUUUCCCUCGGGUGCUGGUGCACCUAUCAGCAAUUGGGUGCAUUUUGAUGCCAUGCUGUUUUAUAACAAAUUUACAAAGAAAAGAAAGACAUUUACUGCCACUAAAAAAAACCCUAUUAGUAGACCAUCAUCGUCAGCCUCUGUGUGGAGCACAGUUACGAUGGAGAGUGUAACGUCUCCAGAAAGUAGAACGGAAAGCCCCCUGGAAGAGGCAACCAGUCCUGGAAAUUUCACUGAGCAGGAAGAACAACCAGUGGCCGAUCCUAGUGGCAUCAAAAGGAAGCUGCCGACUGGUAGGACGCCCACCACACCUAUUGGAGUACAAGGACGCAAAAAAAAAAUUAACAAGGAGGAAAAACUGGACGAAAUUCUGGGAAUGGCUAAGUCAAUCACUAAUGUUUUUGGAAAUAGGCAGGCCGUUCCCAGUAACGCAAACAGCACGUUUGUGCAGUACUUGUAUGAAGAGUUAGAGAGGAUGCCAGCCGAAGAAGCUCUGCAAAAGCGAAAACAAAUAUUAUUGCUAUUAUUCAAUGAUGAAUAAAAAAUCAAAA